UGCGGACCAAGAAGAAGAAAUGUAUGAUGAUGAUGAAGAGGGGAAAAAGAAGAGUCAAGAAAAAGGUGGUGGAGGAAGAAGAAAAGUAAUAGCUGGAGAGGAAGACGGUGUUCUCUCAUAGGUAACCACCGUCAACAGUAUCGGGAGUAACCCCAGGGUGAUGUCGACGACACGUGACGUUGGCAAAUCUCGUCGCGGUCGCACUGCUCUUUCUCUCUCUCUCUCUCUUCUUUUUUUUCCUCUCUCCCUCUUGCCGACAACUUCGCGCGCGAGCCACUCUUUAUUAGUCUAGCGCGGACCAUCGCGAACCCCUGCCCACUAUCUUGGGCUCCAGUAAGAAACUCGUCGUCGUGCUCACGACAAACUCUUCUUCUGCUUGAUUUCAGUUUUUGAAAGUUUAACAGUUUUUCUGUUAAGUUUGACAAGGAAUUGAACUACCGUGAUUCUGUAUAAUAUCUGAUACUUGAUACCAAGUACUUGGAUAUUUUGCUAUUCGAUACUUGUAGUGCUUGUUCGACCUUGAAGAAAAAAGUGUGUGUUAUAUUAAAUAUCAAAAGCGGUGUUCGGGAGUGUUGAACCGGGGGUGGAGUUGUGACAUGUACGACCGGUCAUUGUCGUUGACAUCAGCGACGACCGGUAACGGUGUAAGGGGCACUAGUGAGAGAUCUAGGGAAACUAAGACGACGACCGGGACGACAAGUUGAAAAGAUGCUGGCGCUCGCGAUGCGACGCGAACAUACGACUGGACGCAGCAGCAAUUACGAUCCAUCGACACCACUUGUCGGAUUCGAUCAUCUGCAAAGCAAUCCAUUCUCUGGUGAUCAGCCACCGGAAGGUAGAGUGCGCGAGGUCCCGUCUGAGGCUGAUGGCGAUGGCGAACUCCAGGAAUUUGUUGACAUUGCCCAAGUGCAACAACUCCUUCAGCAACAACAACAACAUCAGCAGCAACAAUCGGUCGCAGCAGUUGCCGCUGCUUCGUCCCCUUGCAUUUGGGGUGCUGUUUAUCCUCCACCGCCUCCGAAUAUUGGAUACACUCAUCCUCAUCAUCAUCAUCACCAUCAUCCACCUCCGCAAGCAGGAGAGGAUACGUGCGCUCCUGAAGGAAUCACUGGUGGUCCAGCAGGAAGGCAGCAUCCCACAUUUCAGAGGAUGACGAUGGACGGCAUGGAAGUGAUGGGCUCGCAACCCCAUGCUGCCGCAACAAGUCCCUUUCUUCUGUCCUCACCACCUCUGGGGCAUCAUCACCAUCAUCAUGCGACUUUCAACCUCCAAACGGUGCAACUCAGCUUCGAUGCCUGUCUGACGUACAACGCAGUGACGUCGGCCGCCGGUCUUGGCGGCACAUCAUCCCUCACGACGAACACGUCGAAAGCCGCCGUACCAACCCUCUCCCUUGGCAAUUGCACUCCCCUGCAUCAUCAUCAUCAGCAGCAAGUCACCACCACUGACUCGCCUGAUGGCCAGCAAGCCCUCCAUCGUGAUCACGCCAAUCAUCACGAUCACCAUCAUCCGCAUCAUCAUCGACACGAGGAGCAUCAUCGAUUGCAUUCCGAUGUCGAUGCACCCACAUCGCCAGGCAGGGAUCAUGACAAGAGGCAUUCGCAGCGGCUCGAGGAUGAACGCGAACGCAUCAACGAUUGCCGUGAUAGUUUGCAGGAUCAAAAUGAGAAAGACAAGGCUGGUGAUCUCAAUACACCGGUUACCACCAGCAGCGAUUUGCCCUCCUUUUUCGGCCCCUCCGCCCUCGUCGAACCACCACCGAUCACAGGUGGUUUAACGGGUGACGAUCUCUCGCUGGACGAGCCGACAGUGGAGGACGAGGACGGAAAUUCCGCAAGUAGGGAUCGACAACAGCAGCAGCAGCAGCAUCACCAUCAUCACCACCAUCAGGAAUCGCAGGACCACUCGGUAGGCGCGCCUUCCACGAGUCCGGUUUCGCAGCAUCAAUCCCAAGACGAUGUGGAUCGAUGCAACAUUCUCCAGGGGGGAGUGAUCCUCUACUCGGCGCCGCACUCGACAUCAUCAGUCGCCUCAACCCCAUCCUCAAGUGUAAAUAUCUGCAACGUACCGACCCUCACCUACCGCGGCGUCUUCACCACGACCUGCACGCAAUCGUCCACCUUGAACAAUCUCCAAACGCCGCAGCAACAACAAGCGCAACAGUUGCAACCCCAGACCCCAAAUCAAGAAAUCUGGGGCUCCCUUCCCUCGCCCACUCUCACCCUGACCGGACAACCGUUUCUCCAUCCGACGUUACACACCGGUCCCUACGGUGGCGAGACAGUAGAACUUCUGCAAGUCGACUCCAAACCCCCCGCACCACCAGGCUAUCACGACACCCCAAACUCCACCUCCUCUGGAUGGCUCACAGCCCACGAAGAAGCCUACGAUCCUGGCCUCUUGUCCCACCAUCACCAACAACACCAUCAUCAUCAUCACCAACAGCAGCAGCAACAGCAACAACAGCAGCAGCAACAACAACAACACCAUCAAGAACCUACCCUAAAACAAGAACCAUCCCCCGGUUACGGAACAAACGUUCCACAACAACAAACCCAACAACCCUCCUCGAACCAAACAGCAGCCGGUGUCCAACUCGCCGAAUACAAUCCCAGCACCUCCAAAGGUCACGAAAUUCUCUCCCAAGUCUAUCAACAAAGCGCACUACCCCUGAGACUGGUGCCAGUGAAGCCGAGAAAAUAUCCAAAUCGACCGAGCAAAACACCAGUGCACGAGAGGCCGUACGCGUGUCCAGUUGACGGUUGCGAUAGACGCUUCUCAAGGAGUGAUGAAUUGACGCGACACAUUCGCAUUCACACGGGACAAAAACCAUUUCAAUGUCGAAUAUGCAUGCGCUCAUUCUCGAGGAGCGAUCAUUUAACGACACACGUGCGUACGCAUACCGGCGAAAAGCCAUUUUGCUGCGAUCAAUGUGGACGUAAAUUUGCAAGGAGCGAUGAGAAGAAACGACACGCGAAGGUUCAUUUGAAGCAGAGGCUAAAACGCGAGGCAACACACUCGUCAUCGUCACGAAAUCAUCAGUCACAUGCCGCAUCGUCACCAUGUAAUCAGUAAUGUAAUUGUAUAAAAAAACCAAACACACACAUACAACACAAAAAAAAACAAUGCCCGGUGAUUCGCGGGUUUUAUUUUUUUUUCUUUUUGUGUUUUUUUUUUAAACACUGAUCUCGCAAGCGAAAAUACGUCGAGUAUUAAAUAUAAGUUGAAUGUAGAUAAUUGUUAUAGACGUUCGCCUAUUUGAAUAAUUUUGAUAAAUUGGAAUUAUUUUUCUAAAAUUGAAUUGGAUUUUCGUUUGGAAAUUUAGUAGGUUUAAUGAAGGGAAUGCUACGAAGAAAGUUUGGGUACGCGAAUAUUUUUCCGAAUUUUUUUUCUUUCUCUUCUUAUGAAUUUUUUAGUGGGGAAUAUUUUUAUUAUGAGAUGCAUGAAUUUUUCAUAAAAUACAUUCAUUAUACAAAUAUCUUAAUUUUCAUGGAGAAGAAAUUUCUUUCUUUUUCAUUCGAGAUUACUUAUAUUUAAUCAGAUUUCCAUUCAGUAGAAUUUUUAACUAUCAAAUUUUUUCCUUAGAGGAAUCUUUAUUCAAUAAAUUUUUUAUUUAGGGGAAUUUUCAUU